AUGACCAACAAUUACUCUUCCACCUACGACGCUGGCUACGAUACAGUCGGCUCUCGGUACGACAACUUGAGCUACCGUACCGACGCAACGGACGCAACCGACUACGGCACCGUUGGCUACAGUGCAACCACCCCAACCACGACUUAUGAUACCACUUACGACUCUGGCUACGGCACCACCUCAUACGAUCCCCAGACCGGUGCUUAUGACCAACAUCUCGACUACCGCACUCCCACCGGCCGCCGACACCAUCGUGAGCGGGUUGACCAGAGUGGCACCUAUCGACACCGUGACGUUGACCGAUUCGAUGAUGGAACUUCUCAUGUCCACAGAGAAUACGACAACCCCAACACUGGUACCAGUUACCACCGUGACUACGAGCGCUAA